UGGAGGCAAUGAUUAUCGCAGAUAAAAGUGUGGGCGUUGCAAAUAUUGUUGUUAGUCAAGCUGUUGUUUUUUACUGACAGAUCAUUAUUGAUUGUCCGCCACAGCUGUAUAUCUUGAGGCUACUUAGGAAUGAAAAGUGAAAACUUCCUAUUUGCACUUCCACGCAUGUAUACGAUCGAUUGUUCAAUGUAGUCAUGAACAUCCUCGGUUUAUAACAGCAUACCGGUGAGACGUGCUUUUCAGUUCGUUGCAAGUAGACAUAUGUGCGUCUUUAAAACUGCUAACAUAGUUCUAAGAUAAUGUUUCAAAGUCAUAGCUAGCAUAAAUCGUGCUAUCAAGGGAAAUAACUACAAUGCGCUGCUGUGGAUCAAUACGGGAAUCCCGGUGAAUUAGUGCCAGAAGCCGCACGGAUAUUAACGAGUGUGCAUCGAUUUUGCUGUACGGCAGCUUUAUUAAAAUCUAGAGUUUUCGGGGACGUAUUGAAACGAGCACGGCGAAUCCGAACUUUGCCGAUCGUUAUUCGAUUUCAUACACUGAAAUAUUUUCAAUCACAGCGAGAGUGUACGAUCAAGGACGGAACAGAUCGGGAAUACGAUACAGAGGCUGGACAAUAUCGAUCAUGUGUUUACAAAAUUAUGCAUGAGCGUGCUAUAGGCUAUGGUGGAAUGGCGGAUGAUCACUUGCCCGACCCAGCACCGCCGGCUCCCACGGACCCGCGGCUUCCUCUGAACGCCCGGCAGGUGUUCAAACUAAAGAAAUCUUGGAAAGGGAUUAAACGAAAUAUGGCUUCAACUGGAGUGGAGAUGUUUGUAAGGAUGUUUCGAGGCAGCGACGACACACGUGCGUUGUUUGACAAGUUCCGAACCAUAACCUCAGAGGAUGAUCUUAGGAUGAAUGAAACCCUCGAAAACCACGGCUCAAAAGUAUUGGAAGUUAUAGACGACAUUAUCGCAAACUUUGAAAACUAUGACGACGUUAUACAUACACUGACAGUCACCGGAAAAAUGCAUAAAAAUUUCAGAGGUUUUACCCCUUCAAUGUUCUGGCGGAUAGAAGAUCCGUUCAUCCGUGCAGUAAUGCUGACCCUUGGUGAUCGUUACUCGGACAACAUGGAUGUGAUAUACCGGAUACUAAUCAAAUUCAUCCUAGGUAACCUGGAAAAGGCAUUGGUGGCCGAGUUGUCCGCAAACAGUACCUGAAAUCAGUGAUGGCAACCAUUCACGACGAGUUUUCACGCUUUUAAUGGUGCCGAGAUGCGAAAAAAGGUGUUCAUUAAAGAAAGCCCUGUUGUUUAUUCUCAUUAAAGAAAGUCCGGUAGUUGCUACGUUGUAUGAAUAAGAAUAACUCGAAGGACUGUGUGGGACAAAAUGACGGCAUUUCUUUAAUAGGACGACUCCAAAUACGUGUGAUUCCAUGCAUUUUAAUGAUUGACAUACAAGAGGAUUUGGUAUGCGCUAUUUAAUUCUGGUUUGUGAUUUCUUUUGUUAUUUUAUCACAUUCGUUAGAAUUUAACAAAAUUGUGUGUGAUGCGUUUGGGAGUGUUCAUUGACCGUUGAAGUGCAUAAACUAUGAACUCACACAUGUUGGUUGUACAGUUAGUUACAACGCCGAGUCCGAAUUGUUUCCGCCCUGAGGAGUCAUUGAACACUUGAGAACUGGACCAUGUUAUAUAACGAACUUCGAUGUAUGUAUAAUGCUCUUACAUGUUAUAAUGUCAUGUUCGAGCUUUAACGUAAGUUUUCUUUAUUAAUCGGAUCUGAAAUGAAAUCAUAUAAGAUGGUCAGUUUUAUGUCGAAAUCAUAUUUUAUUGUAUAAUAGUAAACUCAAAAUGAAACGUCAGCAAUACAUAAUUAACAGCAAUACGAGAUGGCUGUUUGUUUAACAUUACAUCAUAAUGUAAUAAAAAGGCGUUUUUAUGAAUUAACACAUAAUAUGUACCAUUCAAACGAAUGACGAAGAUAAUGUUGUAUGUUUUACUCAUUGUUUCAUUAGUUCAUAACCACUUCAUUUGAAUUAAAGCGAGUAAAUGCAU